GGGAAGCCUGAGGUGGAUGAACAGCACACAGUGGCACAGUGCUGGUAGCAAAGGGCAAUGGCCAGAUGCUGUUUCCAGCUCAGGGGGGGCUGAUCUACGUGCUUGUUCUUGGAAAGGAUCUAAAAGUGUGAAAGACAGAGGCAGAGAGUGUUUCUAGCAAGGUUCCUGGGCAUGGGGUGUGCAGUUAAGGGACUGGGUUAUGGUCCUGCCCGCGCCUUAACGUCGGUUGUGUUUGGAUGCUGUUGGGAAUGUGUUUGCAUGGCUUUACCCAUGGUAAACACCGGGUGGAUUUGGGGCUAUUUUAUGGAUUCCUCUUGGAUACAGGUGGAGAGCACUUAAUACCAUGCUGGUCCUGAUUCAAAACCUUGGUUUCUAUGUAGGAAUUAUUUGCCGUUAAACUCCAGCUACGCAGCCUUUGGCAAGAGACAUGAAUCAAUUUGUCCAGCUUUUCUUUUCUGUUUUGUCUCUGUGUGAAGGCUGAUGCCCAGUGUGUGCCAAGGGGGCCUUUCAGCCCCAAUAAUGCGCCCUUGUGUCUCGUAGCAUGCGUGGAAUUUGCAUAGGCUGUGCUGGGACAGGCAGGUUUCUUUUGUUGCUGGAAACAAGGAGCAAGUUCUUUUCCCUGUCUCCGCUUCCUAAUGCCUCUCCAAAAGCUCUCGGCACUCAUUGAUGCCAUCUGCAAUUUUGUCAUUUGCAAUGACUCCUCCCUCCACAGCCAGCCGAUCAUUUUCAAUCCUGACUUCUUUGUGGAAAAGCUGCGCCAUGAAAAACCAGAGGUGUUCACUGAGCUGGUUGUCAGCAACAUUACCAGGCUCAUUGACCUGCCAGGGGCAGAGCUGGCCCAGCUCAUGGGAGAGGAGGACCCAAAGCUGCCUGGAGCAAACAGCACAGCCUCUGGAUUUUUUCGUUCUUUGAUGUCUCUGAAGCGCAAGGAGAAAGGAGUGGUGUUUGGCUCGCCACUGACAGAAGAAGGCAUUGCACAGGUCUCCCAGCUAAUUGAAUAUCUGCAUAAAAAUCUACGAGCAGAAGGUUUGUUUCGGGUGCCAGGCAACAGCAUCAGGCAACAGAUUCUAAAGGAUGCUCUGAACAGCGGUACAGAUAUUGACCUGGACUCUGGGGAUUUUCAUUCCAAUGAUGUGGCCACCCUGCUUAAGAUGUUCCUGGGUGAAUUGCCAGAGCCGCUGCUGACACACAAGCACUUCCAUGCCCACCUCAAAAUUGCAGACUUGACGCUGUUUGAUGAGAAGGGGAAUAAGACCAGCACUCCAGACAAAGAGCGCCAAAUUGAAGCCCUCCAGCUGCUGUUUUUGAUCCUUCCGGCGCCCAACCGCAGCCUGCUCAAACUGCUGCUGGACCUGCUCUACCAGACCGCCAAAAAGCAGGACAAGAACAAGAUGUCUGCCCACAAUCUUGCCCUCAUGUUUGCACCCCACAUCCUAUGGCCCAGAAAUGUGACAGCAAAUGACCUUCAGGAGAAUAUAACGAAGCUAAACAAUGGAGUGACCUUCAUGAUUAAACACUCUCAGAAGCUCUUCAAGGCACCAGCGUACAUCCGGGAGUGUGCCAGGCUGCACUAUCUGGGACCCAGAGCCUACACAUCAAAGGACGAUCUGGAUUUGCUGACAGCUCCUGCCUCCAAGGAACUACAGCCCCUCAGGUCUCAGAAGCGAAGCCGACUGGACACUUGCAACCAGGAGGAGACCCAGCAGCGCACAGAGGAAGCACUGAAGGAGCUCUUCCGCCACGUCCACAAUAUGCCUGACUCUGCAAAAAAGAAGAAGCUUAUCCGGCAGUUUAAUAAACAUCCUACAGCUCUCACUCCUGGCUCUGAUGUACCCACAUCCCCAGCACCGCGACGCACCCGCUCACGUUCCUUCAGCGGCCUCAUUAAGCGGAAGGUUUUGGGAACCCCAGUUAUCCUGGAGAGGAAGAGCAGGGAUGCCACACCAGAGCCUGAGCGAGUCAGCAAAGAGAACGUCCACUUGUUACAGAAAUGUGGAUCUCCAGCUCACAUGUCCCAAGCAAAGCUGAAAUCUUUGGAGGGCCGAAAAGAGGAAUCCUGCAGACGCAUGCGAGCCCACCUGCUUUCCAAGGAUUCGUCAUCCCUCUGAAUCACCUCGCACCAACACACGGGUGGGGAAUGCCCAGCUUCGAAAGCUGUGAAUAAUGUGCUGCACUGAGAGGAGUGCUGCAGGCUCACAGCAACCCUCACCAACACGGCAGUGCUCUUGAAACCGGACCUUUGCAAAGACUGCAGGGACUUGUUUCUUUCUGUAUAUAAAUCAUAUUUCAUUCUACUAUGGGGCAAACCACUAUCUAACCAAAACUUGUGCAGCAUGUCUGACCUGCUGGCUCUGGGAAGAGCUGGAGUGCUUGCUUACAAGGAAAACCCUGUGUAUUGUGGGAUUGUUUGCACUCUCAGCUUUCUCUGCAGUGUUGCUAGGCUGUAUUUCUUUGCUUUUCUGCUCUGAAGUUUUAACAUGUUGGCUUGUUUUUGGUCCGUCUCCUCUGUUAGCAGUAAGAAUGAUGGACUCCAGCCUUUAGCCACAUCCUGACAGCUAAGCUUACCUCCAGGCCUCCUCUGGAGCCGUCCUCUCCUCUACUUCCUCUGGGCCCCAUUUUGUCCUGCUGUCCCCAAAGAUCUGGAGUGCACAAACGGUACAGAGCACAGGCUGUGCCUGGGCAAAGAGGAGAGGCUCUGGGUGCCAUGAUUUUAACUGGGCCCAGGCAAAAGCCACUUCCCCAAUAAAUUUAUUCCUCUAUUUCAGCUUGAACUGGAGGCAGCCCUUGCUUGCUGCCUUUGUGUUUCCAUGGCACAGUGUGGCUGCCGGGCUCUGCCUGGUGAGCAAGGAGUGCCUCUGCUUCGUGUUCCCCCAGGGAGGCUGAGCCGAGCAGGGCAGGGGACUGGCAGAGGCUGUCUGGGGCAGGACAGCCCAGGCGCUGGAAGCUGGGGUGCCUGGGGCAGGCAAAAGUUGGCAGCUGUGUGUGCAGUGUACGAACAGCAUCAGCAGCAUGAGAGGUGAGGAAGGGCUCUGGCCAUGUGUGAUCUGCUGCAGAUGGUGCCAAAGGCUUUGGCUCAAGAUAGCUGGAUGGCUGAUUAGCCAUUAAACCGGGGGGAAAGGACUGGAGCUGGGUUCAGCUCUUUGGCCUGAGCUGCAGAAAUGAGAUGAAACCACCUAGAUACGGGAUAAACCCUCAUCACAGCUGGCCAAUGUCAGCUGCCUUGUUAAGCUAAAGUGCUCAAAUAAGCCAGUCUUGCCAAGUAUAAUACCUGUCUGCAAGCACCCUAUGGCAGGAAACACACCAGGUCACUACUCUGAAAUAAAGAUUUAAUCAGCUGGGGAACCAUCUCAACACUUCUCAACCCUUCUCAGUGAAGCAAAUAAUCUCUGGAAUCCAAUUAUAGUUUUCUUCUAAUCUUUAAGAACCAGCAGCCAGCAGGAGUUAGAGAUCUGUCCUUGACAGCUUUCAGAGACACGUCAUGGCAGGAGGUGUGAAUAUUGGGAUGUGAGCAGGGAGUUCAGUCAACUGGCUAGAGCUGUCAAACCAGGGCAUCAGAGCCCUGUGCAGCUUAGCUGGAAUUUGUCACUUUUUUUUUUUUUUUGAGGAACAGAGCUAUGUACCUCACACUAUUCUGUCUAAAGGGAUGUUGCUGGUAGUUUAUUGGGGGUGCCUGUCCCCAGUCUGACCCCAAAUUGUAGAAGCUGCCUUGAAAAUGUAGGAGGUAGUGAGACAGUAAAUGUGUGAGUUAGGAGCUGCUGGUGUUAGGAGCCUCUGUCGCAGCAAAGAGCGAGCUCUGGUUCUUCAGGGACUGGGCAGGCAAGGAUGCUGUGAGGAAGGACAGAGGCUGUUUGCUGUGGUAGUAGUAUGUGCUGUUUGGAUGUGUCUGUAGUCCUUCCCUCUGGAGGCUAAAGCUGCCUAUGUGCUCUUCUCUGAAGGGCAUGGCAUGUUUUGCUGACUGCACUUCUACCCUGCCCCUGCGGUUCGCUGUUAGCAGAGACCUGGUGAUCUCAGCUUUGCCUCUGAGCAGAGAUGAGGCAGAGCUGGAGGUUAAGAGGCAGCGCACAGAGAGCUGGGUCUGGUCCUGCUGCCUCUGCUUUUGUUUACAUCGGGGGCAGCUGCUGAGUAAAGCAUUUGCUCAUCCUGUUCCUCCUCUCCAUUUCCCCUAGCUUACUUGGGCAUGUAUCUCUGUAUGGGUGUCUGCUUGGCAAGGCAGUUCUGUUCCUCAGACUGAAUACACUGCUUCUGUAUAGAUGAGAGAAAUGUAACUCUUCUCUCCACUGUCGCCCCUUACUGAUGGCUUUAGCUCAGGGACUCUGUCUGGCUUCUGGCACAGCUGAGAUUUGCUUUGCUCUAAGAAAAAUUAUCUAUGAGGCUUUAGCCCAAUGUUCUCCGUGUCUCAGAUGCUUUGCCUGCCAAAGCGGGGGUGCAGUCUCCAGGCAGAGCAGUCCCAGGAGGCGUUUGGUGCCCAUGGUGCUGUCCUCCCUGUGCUGAGGAUGAUGGUGGCUGAUGGAUUCAACCUCUAGGGCUCUUGGCUGUUGCAGUCUCGAUGCAUUCACACUGUCUCACAGGCGAGGGAGAGUUUCAGUCAUGCUUGGAUGUGCCUCAUUUGUCUGCCCUGUGUGAUGACUCACAAGGAUGCUUCCUCCCAGAGCAGCCACUAACUGUUCCCAGAGUCUGUAAUUUCCAAAGUAUUCUUAAUCUCUGUGCUUAUUUAUAUAUGCUAUGUAUGUACUGUUUCAGACUGUUGCCUUUCUGUGUGUUCAUGUGAAAACCCCAUAUUAAAUGCUUUUAUUUUUA